UAAAAGCAAAGCUACAACCGAGGCAGAAUACGUACGGUUCGCGGUUUGUUUUAUAGUUAGUUCGUUUAAUAUUUAAAAAAAUGCCUUAUGCUAACCAGCCUUCAGUUACUAUCACUGAACUUACAGACGAAAAUGUUAAAUUUGUCCUUGAAGAUACAGAAUUAAGCGUCGCCAAUAGUCUGCGCCGAGUUUUCAUCGCUGAGACCCCAACUCUGGCUAUUGAUUGGGUCCAACUAGAAUCCAACACAACUGUACUGGCGGAUGAGUUCCUGGCGCAUCGUGUAGGCCUAAUCCCGCUGAUUUCCGACGAGGUUGUAGAACGGAUGCAGUAUAGCAGAGAUUGUGUAUGUCCAGAUUUCUGCACCGAGUGUAGCGUUGAGUUUACGCUUGAUGUUAAAUGUAGUGAGGAACACACCCGGCAUGUUACAACGGCAGAUUUCAAAACGAGUGACCAGCGGGUGUUGCCAGUUACAUCGCGACACCGUGAUGAUGAGGAUAACGAAUAUGGCGAGGGAACGGAUGAAAUUCUAAUUAUCAAGCUUCGUAAGGGCCAGGAACUUAAGCUGCGCGCUUAUGCUAAGAAAGGAUUCGGAAAGGAACACGCCAAAUGGAAUCCCACCUGCGGUGUUUGCUUCGAAUAUGAUCCGGACAACGCUAUGCGACACACCCUCUUCCCAAAGCCAGAUGAGUGGCCAAAAUCGGAACACACCGAAUUGGAAGACGAUAAAUACGAAGCGGAAUACAAUUGGGAGAUGCGACCGAAUAAAUUCUUCUUCAACGUCGAAUCAUCUGGUGCGCUGAAGCCGGAAAAUAUCGUAAUGAUGGGAGUGCAGGUGCUGAAGAAUAAACUAUCCAAUUUACAGACGCAGCUCAGUCACGAGACGCAAAGUGAUGCUUUGGCUAUUUAAAUGAACUAUGUUAAGAGAAUCAAUGUAUGAACUAGAUUUGAUAAUAUAAGCACUUAAUCACAAA